AUGCAAAAAGACAGCUACAAGACAGAUGUUCUGGUUUCUGACCAUUUAGCUGCAAUACGUCUUAAUAUUUUGUUGAAAAUCAAAAUGAGUUCCAAAGAAAAUUUAACUAAGCAUCAACGUAGAUAUGUUAAAAAAGACAAUUAUGUCACUGCUUUAAAUUCAGAAGGGGAUCUUGGGACUCCAACCUACAAAGAUAAAUUCACUCAACUCCCAAAGAAAACAAAUUACUUGCAAAAUGCUCAAGAAUCUGCUGGAUCUUCAAGCAAUAACAGUCAACUUAUCAUGACAUCAGUCAUCACUCAAGUCUUUUAUGUGCCUCUUGAGGAGAAACAGUAUGUGGAUCAGUUUGGUGAAUAUGGACAAGCAAAAUUCUGUCUAGACAUCGUGAAAAGGACUGGUGCCAACCUAGAAUUAACAUUUGUCAAAGACCAAGGCCUCUACUUUACAGUUUCUGGUAAGGAAGAAACUAUUUUUAAAGCUCAGAAGGAGUUUUUUGCAUGUUUUCAGAAACAAGUUUUAACUAUAGUUUAUAUUUCCAAGGAAUAUCGUGGCUUAAUUAUAGGCAAACCUGUACAAGGCUUGGAACAAAAAACUACAACCAAUAUCCAGAUCUUAUGCCCAGAUAACCACAAUAACUGGAUCAAUAUUGUUGGCACCAAAAUGGUCAUGAAGAAGGCUCCACAUGAAGUCUUACUGACACCUGCUGAACAAGACAAGUGUGCUAUAGAGAGGUUAGAUGUGGAAAAGGCAUAUCAGACUUUUAAUGCUAGACAGCACAAAAUACCUUUGAACAAAGAAGAAUGGGAAAGGGAAGCAUGCAUAUACAUUCCACCACCUAAUGCCUAUCAGACACCAACAGAUGGCUUUACUGGAAUAAAACAACUGGAUCAGGGUCAGGCUUUUGUAAAGGAGAUUCAUGAGAAUACUAAAAAGAAAACAGCAAACAUAAAUACAGAGAUGAACUUGAAGCACAAGUGUACCAUAGGUCCCACAAGCAAUUCCAUUCAGGAGAUACUAGAAAGAACUGGAAUUUCAAUAGAUACUUCACCUUCAGAAAGCAUAUCAGAUCCUGUGACACGUCAAGUUGAGCCUGAAAAUUUAAGGAAGGCAUGUAUUGAAGCCCAUUCAAAGACCAUGCUUUACACUGAUUCAUCCAUUUCUGUACCCUGCUGGCUUCACAAAUUUAUUGUUGGUGAGAAAGGUCAUAAUAUAUCCAAAAUCACUCAGAGCCUGCUGAAAGUUCAUAUAGAGUUUACUAGUGGAGAUAAAAUUACAAUAGAAGGACCAACAAAAGAUAUGUAUUAUGCUCAAGAACAAAUUGAAGCCAUAGUUGAUUAUCUAAUUAACAGAAUGGAUUAUGCAGAGGUCAUUUUUGAUUAUAAAUUUUACAAGCACCUGAUAGGGAAUAAUGGUGCUAUCAUAAACCGAAUUAAAGACAGGAAUAAACUUUCUGUGGUAAUCUCGCAUGAAAAUGAAAAGAACAACUUGAUCAGAAUUGAGGGAGAAUCUCAGGAUGUCCAACAGGCAAAGAGAGAACUUCUCGAACUUGCUUCUGAUUUCAAAAAUGAGCACACCAAAGACUUAGUUAUUGAGCAAAGAUAUCACCAAACAGUCAUUGGGUGGGGAGGUGAACAGAUCCAAGACAUCUGUCAGAAAUUCCCAGAGGUUAUUAUUGAUUUUCCUGACCCAGCACAGAAAAGUGACAUUAUCCAUUUGAGGGGGCCAAAAUAUGAAUUAGAAAAAUGCACACAAUAUUUGGAUAAUUUGGUGAGAGACAUUGUAGAAAGUAACUUUUCCAUAACUAUUCCCAUAUUUAAAAAGCUUCACAAAAAUAUCACUGGAAGAGGAGGUGCCAACAUCAAAAAAAUCUGUGCAGCAAGCAACACCAAAAUUCAAGUUCUGUCAGCAAGUAGCAGCUCAGAAAAUAUUGUCAUCAGUGGAAAGGCAGCAGAUUGUGAAAUAGCUUGUAACUGGAUUCGUUCAAUUCAGAAAAGUAUAACAAAUUUUUCAGAAGUGGAAAUUUCUAUUCCUUCCAAUCUACACGAAUCCCUUACUGAUUCUAAAGAUUGUUUGAUUGGUUCAAUCAUGGAGGAAUGUGGAAAGAUCCACAUCCACUUUCCAAAAGACAACUCAGGCCUUCAAAGAGUUAUUAUUAGGGGCCCAGCCCAAAAUGUUGAGAGGGCCAAGAAAAAGCUGCUACAAUUAGCAGAAGAAAAAGAAACCAAGAACUAUGCUGUAAUUCUUCAUGCCAAAUCACAAUAUCAUAAAUUCCUCAUGAAUAAAAAUGGCGGCUAUAUUCCCAAAAUCUGUGAAGAGACUGGAGCAUGCAUCAUUUUCCCUGUUCCUGGUGAAGAUAAUGAUUUUUUAACUAUCAUAGGGUCAGAGAAGUCUGUUAAAGAUGCACAAAAGGAACUAGAGGCUCUAAUUACAAACCUAGAUAAUGUGGUAGAGGACAACAUACUGAUAAAUCCUAUGUACCAUCAUCACCUUUUCAUGCAAAGAGGCCAGGUUUUACAGAAGAUUUCUGAGGAGUAUGGUGGUGUGAUUAUUAACUUUUCAUGGUCAGGAAAACUGAGGAACAAAAUCACCUUCAAAGAAGCAAAGGCUUGUGUAGAAGCAGCCAAGAAAUACAUCCAGGAGAUUAUUGCUGUCAUUGACAACCAAGUCACAACAGAAUAUGUUAUUCCCCAGAAGUUCCAUCAUUUUGUCAUGGGACUAAUAUAUUCUCAAAUCCAACAAAUUGCUAGAGAUUAUAAUGUUCAAAUCAGAUUCUCAGACAGGGAGGAGAUCCAUUCUACUAAUAUAGAGAAAACUGUAAGAGAAAAUGAAGAAGAAGUAGGGAAAAGAGCACUACAGAUAGUUUCUAUUUCCCAGAGGAAAUGUGACAGCAUAGUUAUAUCAGGGCAGAAGGAAAAGUGCAAAGCAGCUAUGGAAGCCCUUUAGGCUUUAAUUCCUCUUACUGUUGAAGUAGAUGUGCCCUUUGACCUACGCCAUUACACCAUUGGUCAGGAAGAAAGUGGAAUACACAAGAUAAUGGAUGAAUUUAAAGUUCAUAUACAGAUACCAGUAUUUGGAUUAGAGUCUGAUACCAUUUCCAUCACUGGCCUUGCUGCUAAUGUACACCAAGCCAAAGCUAGAUUACAAGAACAAGUCAAGGCUUUACAAGCUGAAGUAGAAGAUCAAGCAUUAAGAAAUUUUAAACUUCAGUUCACAACGGACCCCAAAUACUACCCCAUGAUCAUUGGUUGAAAUGGUUUUGUUAUUACUCAGAUUUGCUUAGAGCAUGAUGUGACUAUAAAAUUUCCAAGUAAAGGGAACAAUGAGAUGCAAGACCAAAUCACCAUCAUUGGAUAUGAAGAAAAUGCCAUUGCUGCCCGGAAUUCAAUAAUGAAAAUAUUGCGUAAGUUUGAAAAAACAGUUACCAAACAAAUCCCACUAAACCAUCGUGUUUAUGGCCACAUUAUUGGAUUCAAUGGAAAAUCCAUUCCAAAAAUAAACAAUCAAUUCCAAGUAGUCAUCCACUUCCCUCCAAAAGGAGCCUCAGAUCCAAACAUUGUUACUGUGACUGGACUCCCUGAUAAAGUCACAAAAGCAAUUGAUCACAUCCUCAGUCUUGAAAAACAUUAUCUAGCCGUUAUCAAAAGGAUUGAGUCUCAGAAGAAGCAUAUACAGAAGGUCACUCUGUGCAAUUUAACCUAUGCUUCAUUCAAUAGUUCUGCAGUAAAAGAUGUUCCUUGUGCUGCAAACAACACUCAACAGAUCCCUUAUAGGAAUAGCUCUGAAGAUUUUCCAAGCUUGGAGGAUCAAGUAGAUCCUAAGAUUCACUCUUGGAGAUACAAAAAAUAA